AUGGAGCCUCGUUUUCUGGUAGUUAAAGAUGCUGAUGUAUACAAGGAAGGGCCAUAUCGUUGGAUUUCAGUCACAUCGAGAAAUAUGGAAAUAAGUGGCUUCCAGACUAUACCUGCAACGACAUCAUCUUUACUUUUGGCAUUUGAAAGAUUCAAUCACUCAUCAAUUUUACCAAAUGGCAUGUUUGAAAAUGCCAGCAACCUUGGUGUGUUAGUUCUCUGUUCUUGUGCCUUCAACUUUGCAUCACCUCCUUUCCGAAUGUGUCAAAGCCUCAGAUUCCUUGGAUUGGACCACUGCACAACUAGCAAAAUAGGUGAAGAAGAAAAUCAUAAUCAUACAGAAUGGGCAUGGUUGUAUAACCUUUUGGUGCUGGACCUCCGCUACACAGACUGGGAUGAAAUCUUAUCUGUGGAGAAAAUGAGUCUGAUGACAAAUAUUACAGAACUAAAUAUAGAAGGAGUCAGAUGUUGGCAGUAUACAGCUCAGUUACAAGGACGGCUACCUAACCUUCAGAGGCUCCGAAUAACCAGACUAACAUGUCCAUGGGUGACGUCAAAUGAUUUUGAUGACUCAUUUAUAGACAAGACAUGCAUGGAAAUACUUGAUUUGUCGGGGAACAGUGACAUGAAAAAUCUUCCAGCAAGCCUAUCAAAAGCGAGCAGCCUUCAGAUGCUCGUACUUGAUGGCUGUGAUGGACUGGAAAGUGUUGGUGUCCCUAGCCGGCUACCGGCUUCCCUCAGGUGCUUUAGCUUUGAUGGUUAUGGGCCUACUUCCCAGCGUACACUAACCACUGAGCUACCUCUGAAACACUUUCGCCCGUCUACUGCAGAAGAUGAGAAGGAUAUCAUGACCUCCAAGAUCUCCCUAGAAGGAUGCACAGAAUUGGGUAAUCUGUUUGUGCGUGGGCUAAACAAUCUCGUGGAACUGGACCUCUCAGGAACAGCAAUCAAGAUACUUGACUUCAAGACCAUGGUGGUGCAAGUCCCAAGGCUCAAGCGGCUCUUUCUAAUAGGAUGCGAGCACCUUCGCGCAAUCAAUUCUUUGCACGUGACCAGUCUGGAGUUGAUAUGCAUAGAUACACGGGCUAGAAUCAGUCGUCCUCGACCCUCCAUCGACGCAGAUAAAUGCUUCGGCUUGCAGUUGCAUGCUAUUGCUCUGGAUGCUAGGAUUUCUUAUUCUUUGAAGAAAUUACUAUUACCAUCUCCUGAUUUAGUAAGGGUUCCAACUGAGGAUAUUUAUUUUAAUAUCCAUAUCACUUCCUCACCCCGCGUGUAUGAUGGGGUUGUUAAAUUUGAAGAAACCAACAACGAGAAGUUUGACCACUAUGAUCAAGGGAGCUUGCACCAGCUUAUUCCAGCAGGCAAGUACAUCGAUGUCCUUAGCAUGGUUGAAAAUACUCCGAUGCAAGCUUUCCCGCAACCUCCGGCUACAAAGUUGGACCGACAUAUGGAGAUUGCUGAAGGGAGCUGCUACGUGGAAAGCGGACUGGAGAGAGAACUUGGUCUGCUGAUGGAGAUUGUUGAAUCCUUGCAUUUGCACGAUGUCUCCAUACAUGCUACUAUUCGUGGCGCCAUAUGCAGGUGGAGCUACAUCAGGUGGUGCCGCGUGGAGAGGUGCCCCAAGUUGGAUACCGUCUUCCCUUCAAGGUGCUAUGGAUUUUCUACAUUGCAGACCUUGUGGGCAUCAGAUCUCCUAAUGGCCCGCCAGAUUUGGAGUAAAGGUUCACCCUUUGGCUCCCUCAAAAAUUUACAGCACCUCCACCUGCAAUCUUGUCCGAGACUCCAGUUCAUGAUCCCUGUGUGUGGCUCCUCCUUCCCCUGCUUGGAGACGCUCCACAUCAUCCGCUGCGGUGACCUUGUGCACGUCUUUGAGCUGAACAGAUGGUACCCGGAGGACAUACUCUCCGCGAUGGGUUUCGGUUUAUCCUUCGAAACGAUCCCCCUCUACCCCAAGGAAAUAAUCUCCGCCGGUGUACUAUUCCCGAAGUUGACGACUAUCCACCUGCAUGACCUCCCGAAGUUGAAGCAGAUUUCCAAGGUAAAAAUGGUGGCCCCUGCGCUGGAGAGCAUCAGGAUCAGAGGAUGCUGGAGUCUGCGCGGGCUGCCAUCCGUGGCGGCCCGUACCCAAGGCGAGAAGAAGCCGGCUGUAGAGAUUGAGAAGGAUGUGUGGGACGCUCUGGAGUGGGACGCCGGCCAAUGCCCGGACCACUUCGAGGCGCCCGUACACUCGCGCUACUACAAGAAGAAACUGCCCAGAGUCUCCUUCCUCAGGUGAAAUUUACACCGCUGUGUUUCUUCCAUCGCUAUGUGCAAGUGAUGGACGCUUCUCCCGCUGCUGGAUGAUCGUGCGUUCGGUUUGCUUGUGUGCU